AUUGUUCGUAGCGUUGAAAGACAAAAGCAAUACAAGUUGCUAGGAUUAUCCAGUAAAAUAUAACUAUGGCGGACGAAAGUGGCAUAACUACGAGUGUGACCAGAUUUGUGGGAUGCACACUUCUAAUCCUGGCGAUCUGCCUGCUGGUUGCCACUCCGCAAUGGAUGGUGAUGUGCCUCUUUGCGAAGGAUGCCAUGGCAUACACGCUAACCUGUUUCUUUCUGUCCUUCGUGGUCCUCGCUUUUAUCCAUAUGAUUGAAACGCUUAAAUACUCAAGGCCCUGGAACUACAUCGCGAUCGCCGUUUGCUACGAGCUGCUGACACUUGGUGGUGCCAGUUUUCUAAUGGAAUGGAAUCUAAUUUGUACCAUUAUUGUCUUGGCCACGGGCCUUCUACUUCUUGUGAUCGUGCUGCUCGCCAGUGGCCUUUUAAUCUGGAGCGGAUUCUAUGCGAACCCCUUCAAAAUGGCCGUUGUUGGUGUGAUGGGCUUCGUGCUGGCAUUUUGCAUUGAAGUGAUGGAUGUUCUCAUGCACUGGUUCUUUUGGCAGGAUGUGGCUAUUGGCGUUUUCAUAGCCAGUGUAAUUGUUAUAACCAUCUCCCACGUGCUGAUCACCUACAACAAUUUCGAAUUACUGGUCAGAGAUGACGCUCUGCUCGUCGCAAUCGUUCUGUACAUAGCCUAUUUACUCUUCUUGGUCGGCGGUCGUAUUUCCGUCUUCUACGUCACUGAAAAUGCCUAUCAUUUUGCCACGACGACCACCGAAAGCAUAGAAGAAGAUUAUUCAGAUUGAUAGGUAACUUUCAUACUGAUUAUUACCUUAUAGACA